AUGAAUAAUGCCAGUGACAACGAGACAGUCACUCAGCACACGAAUAAUAAUAAACACGUCGUUCACAUUAAACCGAAAUUUGAAGACUGCAAUAUGACAACAACUGGUCUUCUUCUUUCUGGUGUUGUUGAUAAUAACAAUGCCGACGAGACUGAAUGGAGAAGAGAUUGGCAACCAGACCUCAAAUGUUGUCCCUGGAAAGUUUUGCAGGCUGACCAUUAUGUUUAUUUGGUAAAGGCGAACUUUUUGCACGAUUCCUACCAAUUCCUCAUCACCGAUCUUAACCAUUUCUGGUAUGAAUCAAUCACACACUCAGAAUUUUUGAAUCGGCUUCAGGAACUGAAUCCAAAUUUGGAAGCACCAACAACUAAAAUCCUUGACCAUAUAAAAACCAAUUUGGAAAAAAACUCUUCAGACAAUUUGAGUAUCUCAAAAGAGGAAAGCAAAUCCAGACUGCAUCUUUGGAUCAAUUCUGAUUUGGCUGGUUUCCCAUUUUGUUGGCAGAUGAUUGGAGAAUCUGCUCAUGAAGAAAUGGUUUCUGAGAAUACAACUAUUCCUCUUUUGAUGAUGGUCUCUGAACUGUAUCGGCGCCAGAAGGCACUGCUUCGUAUCAUAUUUGAAAAGGACAAAGAAAUUGAGAACUACAAAGCCCAAGGCUGCAAACUUACGAAAAAGAAUAUUGCUACUGUGCCAUUUGAUGAAACAGUGUUUGAACACAGCAUGGUUUUUUCUCAGGAAUUUGAAGAUAAUGUCAAAUUGUUGGGUACUACAGCAUUUGAAAGUUCAGGACAGGAACUUUAUCAAAACAUCAUGACAAAAUACACUUGGUUGCACAGAUGCACCAAAACUGAACCAGAGCUGUCGAAAUCAUCCUUGGAAGAACCAAACACUGUGUUCCAGCAGCUAGAGGAACUUUCAGCCUCAGUGGAAGGGGAGGAUGCAAUUCAGGUGGGGAAGGUGGAGGUCGAUGAGGAGCAGGUACCAAUCUAUGAAUGCUCCCAGUGUAUUUUCUCAACUGCUUCACAAGAUCUUCUCGUUCAACAUAUCAGCCUCUACCAUUCCGAUCCAUUUGUUAACACCACUCCAGAUCCUAUACAACAAACACCAAAUAGUAUUUCUCUGGGCAUGACACCGCCACUUCAACUACAACCAGUCCCACAGACCACACUCUUACCUCAGUCUUCUGGGACACAAAAAAUAACUCUAACAGUACUGAGCAAGGUGCUGGAAACAUCUCUUGUCAGCAAUGUAGCAGCGAUAUAA